AUGUCCAAGGUUUCUCAGCCGGAGCUGAAGCGGUUCCUCGAGCGCCGUGUCUCUGUCAAUAUUCAAGGUGGACGCAAGAUCCAAGGGACACUGCGUGGAUACGAUCUCUUUUUGAACCUGGUCAUUGACGACGCGGUGGAGCAUGUGCUCGUCGACAACAACCAAAACGCCUGGGAAGAAGGCCCGCGCUGCGGCACUGUGGUGGUGCGCGGCAACAGUGUGACGAGCUUGGAGGGCCUGGAAGCAAUUGGUUCGCGAUAA